AUGACCAACCCCAGCUCUGCCUUCUCCAGCGGCUCGCUGUGCUCCGGGGAGGCGGCGGCGAGGAUGAGCCGGGGCCGGGCCGCCGGGAGCCCGAGCCCGGAGCGCCGCAGCCCCGACGGCGGCACCAGCGACGGGCCCGGCUCGCUGGGCAGCGACGGGCCCGGCUCCCUGGGCAGCGGCUCCCCGGGCAGCCUGCGCUGCUCGCCCUUCCCCGGCCUGGGCCGGCUGCCGCCCCCCGUGCGCCUGGACAUCGACACCGAGUUCCAGGCCGUGCGGCAGCAGGAGAAGGAGGACAUCAAAGUGCUCAACAACCAGUUCGUGACCCUCAUCGAGAAGGUCCAGAGCUUGGAGCAGCAGAACAAGAUCCUGACAACCAGGUGGAACUUCCUGAAGGACCAGGACAAUUCCCACUCUGACUCGGACAUCAAGGCCAUCUACGAGCAGUACGUGAGCAAAAUGAACCAGGAGAUGAAGGCGCUCAACUUCGAGCAGGAGAACCUGGAGUCAGAGCUGGCGAAGGUGCUGAGCACCAUGGACGCCUUCCGGAGCAAGUACGAGGAUGAAAUUCGCCUCUGCAGCGGGAUGGAAUUCACCUUCAUGGAGCUCAAAAAGGAUUUGGAUGUGAGCACCUUGCACCGCACGGAGCUGGAGGUGAAGCUCAAAGGGCUCCAGGAGCUGCUGGAGCUGAAGAAAACCAUCUAUGAGCAGGAGCUGGAGGAGCUGCUGACGGAAAUCAAGGACAUCUCCGUGGUGCUGGGGAUCGACAGCUGCUCCCGGCCGGACCUGGGCAGGAUCGUGGAGGACGUCAGGGCCCAGUACGAGGCUCUGGCCCUGCGCAGCUGGGAGGAGGCCGAGGCACUCACCCGGAGGAAGCUCACCGACAGCAGCUCCCAGCCCGGCUCCUUCGGGGGGCACCUCCUGGACAGCCGGAGGGAAAUCGCAGAUCUGAACAUCCGCAUCCAGAAACUGCGCUCCUGCAUCGUGUCCCAGAAGAGCCAGUGCCUGUACCUGGAGGAGCACAUCCGCGAGGCUGGCGAGCAGGGGGAGGGCACCCUGAGGGACGCCAAGGCCAAGGUGGCCGGGCUGGAGGAGGCCCUGCAGCGCAGCAGGGAGCACAUGGCUCACCUGGUCCGCGAGUACCAGGAGCUCAUGAACAUCAAACUGGCCCUGGACGUGGAGAUCCUCACCUACAGGAAGCUCGUGGAAGGGGAGGAGAACAGCAUGGAGCAGCCCAUCCCCACCAUCAUCAGCGCCGUCCACUCCCGGCCCAGGCCCCUUUCUGCCAGCGCCCUGCGGAACUCGCGGCUCUUUGCGCGGGGCUCGGGGGAGCCCAGCGGGGGCGGCCCCGGGAGGGACCCGGACGCUGCGGGGGCUGCGGGCACCGGGACCCGGCCCAAGCUCAGUGCCGGGGCCGCCGGGGAGUGCUCCUAG